UCUCAUCCGAUCUUGGUGAAGAGUCUUACGUGGCUAAGAAAGAUAUUCAGAACGAGAAGGUAGUUGGAUGAGACUCUCAGAAGUCACCGCCUGAGUAUCAAACCUGAAUAACCGAGAGAUGUAACCUCGGCAUACUUUCAGUUGUUUUCCUACUGCCCACGCUGCAGGUUUUUCAGGUCCUUGCCUGAGUGUGUACUCACAGCAUAAAUAGCGUGCUAUCAACAGCCUGUUUCAGUCAACCCAGCUUUUUAAGCAGGCUGGUAUCAGAGGAUUCGGCUUCCAAAUCCAGGGCUUGCCUUUGCCACUUCCACCCCCGCCGGGACCAUGUCUGCGGAGACCGCGAGCGGCCCCACCCAGGACCAGGUGGAAAUUCUGGAGUACAACUUCAACAAGGUCAACAAGCACCCGGACCCCACCACGCUGUGCCUCAUCGCGGCCGAGGCCGGCCUUUCUGAGGAGGAGACCCAGAAAUGGUUUAAGCAGCGCCUGGCCCAGUGGCGGAAGUCGGAAGGUCUACCCUCAGAAUGCAGAUCCGUCACUGACUAAGGAGAUGGUGGGCAUUGGUAGCUUCCCUCCGUGAAGACCAUCUGCUGUUUCUCGCCUCGGCUUAACCAAGCUAUUUUGUUUGUUUUUUUCAGUGUAGUGUUGUAUAUUCCAUUGUUAGCUGUCCUGCUAUUUAACACAAUGUUGUAUUUUUGUAAUGUACAUAACUAAUGAAAAUAACAAUAUGAAGCUACGUGCAGCUUCUGUGUAAAGCGGUGGCUUGGCUAAGGAAAUGGUGUGACUUGUAUUUCCCUUUGGGUCUUAAUGAUAGAUAGUGUGAAAACCAUUUAAGUCUGCUUUUGAUCUUCACUUCCCAAUAACAAUUUACUUUCAACAUCCAUUUCAGAGCAGGCAAAGCAUCUGUUGAAAAGAGAGCAUGACCAAGAGGGAGAAACACUUCUUUCUGAAUCUACUUCUCUAACUUGUUUUCCUUAUGUUUCAUUUAAUACAUGGAGGUUGAAUGAGAAUACAGAUGAAUAUUUGAGUCAUUCAGAUUUCAUAAAGUAAUUUCUUGGAUUAAAGCUGUGUUAACUUAGAAAGAAUCUAGUUAGGUUAGAAAGUAGAAACUGCAAGUGACAAGACAGAAAAGCAAGAAACCAAGAAAAACAUCCACAAAAGUCUUGAAUUUACCUUAUUUAAAUGCAUUUGUUAAAUUUAUUUUGCUAAACAAAACAAACUGCUUUUUGUCUCUAAAAUGAUAUUCUAAAUAAAACCUUAACUUUUUGUUGAAAAUGUA